AUUAUAGUCAAACCAAAAAGUACAAUUUUAAAGCUUUGCUUUUUUUGGGAAGCAAACAAAUCACAACAGUUGGUUUCAACGGUCAGUCCUUUUCCCGGACAAAAGUACUUUCCAUUUUCUUUUUUUCUUCUUCUUCAUCAUCAUCAUCGUUCAUCUCAAUCCACUGUAAGCUUUGUAUUGCAAGGUUAGGAACUACUUUAUGCAUCAAUUAAGGCUUUUUGGUAUUCAUCAAGUUCUGAAACUUAUGGGAUCCUAGAGCAGUUGUGGUGGAAAUGGCUACAAAUGGUACCUCUCCUCCCAAAGUGCAAAGGAACUUGAAGGGGUUUACAACAGUUCUAAGGACUGCUGCUUGUGAAUGGUUCCUGAUCUUUUUGCUGUUUGUUGAUGCCAUCUUAUCUUACCUGCUGACAAGAUUUGCACAUUACUGUGAAUUGCAAAUACCUUGCAUUUUGUGCUCUCGGCUUGAUCAUAUUUUUGGAAAUGAAAAACCUGGAUUUUAUCGGAAUUUACUCUGCACCAAUCAUAGAUCAGAGAUAUCAUCAUUGAUUUCCUGCAACAUUCAUGGCAAGCUUGUUGAUGGCCGUGGUAUGUGUGAGAUUUGUCUCUCAUCACACAGUGAGGAAAACAAAUCCAACUCAGGUAUGCAGAGGCUCUUUCUAGGAAAAUUGGGGUUUGAUCUUACAGGUUGUGGAAAUUGUAGUUCCUGGAGCUCAUAUUUCAACCAGGAUCUUACUCCUGCUUCUAAAGGCACAAGGUUGUGUCUGUGUUGUAAUAAACCUUGGAUUCCAAGACCAAAUGCCCAAAGAUUACUCGCCUUAAAAUCACCGCGCAUUGUGGUUUCAAAGCCAAAUAUUCCUUUUCCACGUCGCUUAAGCCGUCGAAAUGGCUUGAAGAAGAUAAGGGAUAAGUUUUCUGCACCGGCAGCAUCUCAUCUUCUUGGAAAAACUGGAUUUGAUCCCUUGUCUCAUGUAGGAUACACUGAGCUGGGAAUCACUUCUGGAUCAGAGUCUGAGGUUCCUAUUUCUGAUGAUGAGAAUGGCAAUAGUAUAGUUUGUGAUAUAAAUGAGAAUAGGAAUGAAUCUGUAGUUCUUUCUGCUCCUGAAGCCCCAGCUAAAAGGCUAUCCAAUAUUUUGGCUACAACAAAAGAGCCUGAUGCUAAUGAACCACGUGAUGUUAGAUGUCUGGCUUCAGAUGUCCCUGGUGAGAAUGAUGUCUGUGAGUAUAAAGAGCAGCUGGCUGAUCAGAAAACCAAUCCUCCUGUAAUGCCUGAGCUUAUUUCUCUAGAUGAUAUUCCUCCAUCAUCCUGUGUUGUGGAAGUUCCAAGCUUCAGUGCUUCGUUACUGUCUGAUCUUAUUUCUCUAGUUGAUGCUCCCCUAUCAGUUGAUGUUACUGAAGUUCCUCUUGAAGCAUCGUCAGAAAAAUUGGCAAAUGUUUUUGAAGCAAGUGAAAAUAUAUCGAUCAACAAGAAUGAUGAAAUCUUGAAGUUGAUAAGCACAUCAACUGUGUCUGGUUUCAGAACUGAUCAAGUUGUAGCUGAUACUGCCAUGGUAAAUUCAACUGAUGGGGAUCUGAGUGCUGUGCAUAAGUCACCUGUAUGUGGUGAAGAAAGAGACACAUCUGGGUUCGUCAUGGAAGAACCUAUGCUGACAUACAAUAAUGGAGUUAAUGAAGAUCUUAAGUCAUUGCCUGUGCAGAAUUCUUCUGGACAAGGGAUUGAUUUAUCAUUGAACAAUUUAAGUCCAAGAUUACGAGGUCAUAGUAUUGAAUUGCAAAGAACUAAUGAAUCCAACUCUGACGAGGCUCAUAAUCAUCAGAACCCAGUCUUUAUGGAAAGAAGUGAAUUUGCUGGCCUCGAAUCUUUUGAUGGAAGCAACGUCAAUGAAAUUGAAGGUGAAAAUCUAGUUGAUAGGCUGAAGCGGCAAGUUGCAUAUGAUAGGAAGUGCAUGAAUGCAUUGAAUAGGGAAUUAGAGGAAGAAAGAAGUGCUUCUGCAAUUGCUGCAAAUCAGGCAAUGGCUAUGAUUACAAGGUUACAAGAAGAGAAGGCAGCGCUCCACAUGGAGGCCCUGCAGUACCUAAGGAUGAUGGAAGAGCAAGCAGAAUACGAUGUAGAUGCGUUGGAGAAAGCUAAUGAUCUUCUGGCUGAGAAAGAGAAAGAAUUACAAGAUCUGGAAGCAGAGCUUGAAUAUUACAGGUUAAACUUCCCAGAUGAAACAUUGGUAGAGACUGUACCUGAGGCAAGCAUCAAGUUAAAGGAGCAGCAUGUUUCUGUGGAGAAUACAAGUACGUCCUUCCUAAAAGAUGAUUUGAAAUUUCCCUCGAAAACAAUGUUUCAUGAGGCUUCUGAAGUCAAUAAUAAUCUUGCAGUCAUAUCUGCAUGGUCGGAAUUUGAAGAUGAGAAGUUGUACAUCUCUCAUUGUCUGCAAAAUUUGGAAAGCAAACUUAAAAGGUUUGCUCAUCAUGGGAAUUCGCCAUGCAUAUCUGAUGGUGAAUACUUUGAUGAAGCAGCAGAUGGAGGCCAACAUCAACAAGAGUUCCUCGAUGAAAUGGAUAAACAAGCACCUUGUCAGGUGGAAGGUAAUGAUUUGUCAGUGCAAAAAGCUUCAUCAGUGUCUAAUGGAAGUGCUCCUUCUCAGGAAGGGUUGAAUACUUCAAUAAGCAGAGAUCAAGUUGUUAGUGAGGGAAAUAGUCAUAUGGUUUCCAAUGGGCAAAAGGAUUCUAUGGAUUGUAGAGAAACUGGUUUGGCUGCUCUUGAAAAUGAAAUUUCAGACCUUAAUGAGAGGCUGGAAGCACUUGAGGCUGAUUGUAAUUUUCUUGAGCAUUCUCUAAAUUCUCUUGGAAAUGGAAACGAGGGGAUGCUUUUUAUUCAAGAGAUACUUCAUCACUUACGAGAAUUGAGGAAACUUGGAAUAAGGAGUAGGAACAUGUCUGUUUCAUGAGCUUUAUGCAUGUCAUUGCAAGAUACAUCCCAGAUUGAGGGUAACAAGCAGGAAGCAGAAGUAAAGUAUUUCCGCUUGAAAUUUGAUACAAGGAUUGCAGGAACUAGUAUCUCUUGGCCUACCACGAAAUUGUGAAUUAUCAAAGAUCAGGUUUCACAAACUAGGAACCACCUCAUGUGAUCAGGUAUGGGAGUAAAACUGUAAAAGCAAUUACUUCCCUCUUCCUUUACUCUCCUGGUGGGUUUCAUUCUUUGAUUGGUUGGCAGGGGUUACAUUUGUGGUAUUUUUGGAGCACUGUGUGACUAGGUUGUAAAGUUGAUAAAUUUGUUUUAACCUUAUUUACAAUUUUUUGAAGGUUUGUUCACACUUCACAGUAGCCAAUCUACAUCAAUUGUAAAUUCAGAAGAUGCCAAUAUAAAUAGCUGGAGGAGUUUACUAUUGUUUUUCAGUCACUUGGUGCCAUACCCUUUCCUUUAUUUAUUUAUUUUUUUGGUAAAGAUUGGGUAAGGGAAGAUAAUUAAUAAAGCCCUUUAUGAAAA